GCUCAUUGACGACCCAACUUCCUUCACGCAAGCUCGCCAGUUUCUCAUAAACGCCAUCCCGUCAAAAUGCCUGGUUUUAUCCCCAAGAAGUUCCCCGGCAAAGUUGCCGAGCCGAUGGUGCCUUUCUACGCAGCUGGUCUUAUCGUCCUGUACGCCAUCAAUGCCGGUGCAAACGCCAUGAUGAACUCGGAUGAAUACAAGAACGAUCCUCGAAAUCCCAAUGCAAAGCCUGAUGCGCCCGCCGCGCACUAAGCUACGAUCAAGGAGUUUGAUAUGCUGGGUGCAGGGUGUAAGAAAAUCCGACUGCGGGAUGGGCAACGAAGAGCUGCUGCGGAUAAGGCGAUUGUACAUACAACAAUUACAAGCAUAGACAUCGGCGGGAAAACGGGAUGACAUCGCAAGGAACACACCACGCUUGAUUUCCACCACGAAUGCUAUUUCUCCUUGAUCUCAAGCCUGUCGCAACUCGACGGACAUAGCAAGGAUUGUCGUCCUCUGACCUCCUCCGCGUGCUGAUAUUGUUUUGGCCCAGGCCGUUGCGAGAGGCCUUGUAUAUGUUUCGCAAGGGCUACUUCUCUGUUCUUGCAACUGAGUGAAAGAGUGCUCCGCAAGGUGACCGAAUGCAGGAGGGAUUUCCGCUUGUCAGACUACAUCCCCAAGGGUCACCACGGUAGUCAGUCAAACGAAAGGUAUUGCAGCAUGUGUGUAUCCAACAUGUCAAACUCGUCGAAGCCCAGCCAAAUUCCCCACAGCCGAAACUUCAUUCUAGCCUACCUGGUUAGGUAGGCCAUUUCCCUUGGAGGAGGCACCCUCGUCAUCAAACCUCCUUCACGUGUCAGUCAACAACCCAACA